AUGCUCAAUAAGACUAUUCCUCUCGCCCACUCUACACGGUUACUGGGGAUUUGGCUAGACGACCGACUCAAUUUCAAAUGCCACCUGAACCACGUUAGAAAGAAUGCCACCAACAAUAUCAACAUCCUGCGAAUACUCACCAACAAGACUAGUUUCGCUCAUCGCGAAUCCCUUUUUCGUUUCCUGCAUGGAUGGAUAAUACCAUCCAUACUGUACGGAAUUGGUUUUGUAAGCAAGGCGUCCGAAGUAAUGCUGACCAAACUAGAACCACUCUACAACAGUUGCGUACGGCUCAUCAGCUCAGCCUUCCGUACCAGCCCGAUACCCUCACUCAUGGCAGAAAGUGGACAGAUUCCAUUCCGAUUCCUCGUGGCUAAACAUCUAUCCUCCAAAGCCAUUCGUUCAAUGGCGAACAGACACAACAACGACUCCCCAAUGGUUGAAAGAACAAACAGCUUCCUGCUCCAAACAACCGGCGAUAGUCUUCCUACUAUCUGUCCCAGGUUGGGGCCCAAGAUCAGAAAUUGGAACGAUACACCACCCAAAGUUGACAUGUCCCUCAAAAAAAACAUUCGAGCAGGAGACCCCCGAACAACCGUUCUUCCCCACUUUAAUCAUCUGGUCGAAGCCAAAUACAACGGCCAACCCCAAGUAUAUACCGACGGGUCCAAAAGUAACUGUGGAAAGGUGGGAUGCGGUAUUUAUGACGGAGUCUCCAGUAGGAGCCACGGUCUCCCUGAUACAUGUUCCGUAUUCAGUGCUGAAGCUUUUGCCCUGCUCGAAGCCAUUGAAAGAUCGGAGUCUAACUCCGUCAUCUUUUCCGACUCCGCAAGCGUCCUGACAGCCAUUGCCGCCGGCAACAUCAAACACCCUUGGAUCUACACCCUUUCCAAAAAAGCCCCCCUUCGAAACAUUACACUCUGCUGGAUACCCGGGCACUCGGGCAUACCAGGCAACGAAGCAGCUGAUCGACUGGCCGCCGCAGGCACUCAUCUUCCGUCCUCAAUCAACUGUAUACCCCAAUCCGAUGCAAUGCUCUACAUAAAAAACAAAAUACUGAAAGCUUGGGCCAUCCAAUGGUCCGACAACAUCCAAGCCAAACUUCGGGAAGUUAAAAACUCCACAGAAAUAUGGAAUGACCGACCCUGCCCAACAGAAAGGAGAGCUCUAACAAGACUCAGGAUUGGGCAUACCCGACUCACACAUCUGCAUCUAAUAACCAGAGAUGAUCCACCCACAUGCCCAUCAUGCAACGUGCAGAUCACGAUCAAGCAUAUCCUCACCAACUGUUCCUUAUACCACACCCACAGAUCCUCAUGUUCCCUCUCAACAUCACUCCGCCAAAUCCUCGCCCCCUGCCCCGACGAAGAGAAAAAGUUGAUCAGCUUCCUCAAGAAAUCGAAUCUUCUACACCAACUAUAA